CGUUAUGCUUAUACAAUGCUGGUUCUGACACAACAAUCAACUACACUUAAACAAAUAUUUGAACUAAUUUCAAAUGAUACCUCUAUGAAUUGAGAAGGAUAUAGGGAAUUAUCCCGGAUUAUUGUUUUCAGAAAAAUUAUUUUACUUGCCAAAGAAGUUAACACACUACCAAAGCGUAGAUGUAUCCAUGCCAAAGCACGCACACAUCAAUGAGAGAAACGAAAAAUGUUUCAUUCACUCAUACCAUUAUCGGUGUAAGUUGUUCAUUCAACUAUAUUGAAUCCAGCAACAUUUCAUCGUUUUAGUUAAUCAACAAGUCGCGUACAGAAAGCAAAUAAGCUUAAAUAUUAUUUACAAAAAAAAUGCCAUCUUAAUGGCAAAUUGUUAUGGUUAACAUUUAACGAACUGGACAAGUGUAUAUAUAUGUGAUUUGUGAAUUCAGUGUAAAACGCUUAAGAUAAAAGUGAAGGUAAAAACAACGAUACCGUAAUGGGUACAAAAAUAGAAUAUGUGGAAUCAUCUCAUCUCUAUGCAACAAAUUAUAUUAGAAAUUCGAAGGCGAUAGCUGUGUUAUGGGCGAUAUUUACCAUAUGCUAUGCAAUAAUUAGUACAGUGGCUUUCUUAACACCAGAAUGGGUCGGUGAUAUGGACUCGGAUAGUGCCGGGCGACUAGGCUUAUGGCAAGUCUGUCAAAAAGAUGACACAAGUGAAAAUUGCCAAAAGCAAUUUAGUGAUAUGUUAUCUGUUCCUUCUGUGCCCUUUCAGGUGGCAACAAUAUUUGUUGGAAUAGCCGUCAUAACUGCAAUUAUGACGAUUUGUUUAUUGAUCCUAAUGUUUUUCAUGAGAUCAACAACUGUGUUUCAUAUCUGCGGUUGGAUGCAAAUAUUAUCAGCCAUCUGUAUGAUCGUCGGCUGUGUAGCCUUUCCCUUUGGUUGGAAUUCAAAUGAAUUUCGUAAGAUUUGUGGUCCUGAAUCGAAUCGUUUUGAAUUGGGACUGUGUGGAAUUCGUUGGGCUUAUCCAUUAGCUAUUAUUGCUUGUAUUGAUGGGUGCAUACUGGCUACAUUGGCAUUCAUAUUAGCCACGCGACAUGUCCGUUUACAACCGGAACCGAUGUAUCAGAGUUCUAUGUAUAAAGGUGAAAUAAACAAUGCUUAUUUAACAACCGAUGCUGCAAGCAUAGCUGGAUCACGGAAAUCAAUGAAUCUACAGCCUGUACUGCUAGUGGCCUCACCACAUCACAAUAUGCACGACGAUACAAUCUCGCAAUUUUCCAGUCGCACAGCAACGCGCUACAAUCGACCCGACUACCACAAUUCCAUGCAUCAGUUUCAACUGUAAAAGUAUUUAUUUUCGAAGUUAUUUAUAAAAUUGAUAAAUUAAUGUUCCGAAUGUUACGCGUGAAAGCUUCAGCAGAGACUGAAAUUAGCAAAUAAUCGCAAAAUAAAUUGAAAAAUUGUUCUUUUUCCUCUGCCUGGGACAUUUGGCUAUCAAUUAGAUUAAUUUCAGUUUUAUGUGUUAAGACUAUAAUAGUAGGAUCAAAUAAAUGGACGUCUUUACGAUCAAUGUGAAUUUAUUAUUAUUGG